UCUCUCUCUCUCUCUCUCUCUCUGACAGACUCCGUGUCGCCGUCGGCCGCACAGAUUUGCUAACGUGACCCGUGUUUGAGCCCCUCUGCCCCGCUGCGAGGGGUCAGCUGAUCCCCGCAGCAGAGGAGCAGCGCGUGCAGCGGAGGAGCCGACCUCUGCACGCGCUGCUCCUCCGCUCCUCUCUCUCUCUCUCCCCCAUGCUAACACCAGCUAGCCCCCGCUGCUCACUGUGAUAAACAAGAUGGCCACUGGCUAACUGCUAAGCUAACUAGACAUGGCACCUUGCCCUGUCUUUGUAUGCCUCGAAAAGCUGUAAAUGCAUCUCGCUGCUCUGCUCUGUGGCACGGCGGAGGUUUCUCUCGCCGGAGCAUGAAGUUGUUGUGCAGGAAUCAGAUCACAUGAGAGAGGAGAAGAAGAAGAAUCAGCGCCGGAUUGUUGCAGGCAGUUUGUGCAGAGGUUGCGUGGCGAGUUGAGAAAGGCUACCUGAGUGUUAGAGAGACAGGUUGCUCCCAGUCAGCUGUGGGUGCUGAAAACAGAACGAGUCAUUGUUGGAUUUCCAGAGGAGACCCUCAGGGACUUGCCCCCUACCUGCUGGCCCCUCCUCUGUCAGGACAGGUAGAGUCCAGCCUCAGCAGCAGAGGGGGGAGUGGGAGGAAGGUGAGGAGGAGGAGGAGGAGGAGGAGUGGAUAACCUCAGCAAUACUAGUGUUGAAUGAGAGUGAGGUGAGGAGGAGUAGCUCAGCCCCUCACCAUGACAGACUUAGAGACUGAGUGUUUGAGUCUGGGGUUGCCCCCCGAAUGCACCCCUGCCCCCCCGCCUCUGGAGGCCUCGCUGCAGGUGGACUGCGGCCCGGGGCCCGCCUCUUCGGCCCCGGCGCUGGCGCUCCUGUCCUCCGACUGCCCCACGCCGACGCUCAGCUCGCUGGCGGCGGAGAUCGCCGAGCCGCUCGUGAUGCUGCCGUGCGUGAAGAGCGAGCCGGAGGACGUAGACCUGGAGCCCAUCCGGACCGUCGACCUGUCCGAGAUCCAGCCGCUGUCCACCGCCGAGCUGGGCCAGGACCAGAUCAAGAUGGAGAUCAGCGGCCUGGACUACAUCAAAUCGGAGCAUCACGGUCACCACGGCAACCACCACCUGGGCCCGUUCCACCACGGCGACGCCACAGAGCUGGACUACAAGUCACACUAUGAGCCCAGCUCGGUGUUUGACUACAUCUCUCAGGUGACGGACACGCUGGAGUACAUUAAGUCUGACCACCACGUGGACCUGCAGUGCUACUACACACAGCUGGGCUCCCUGAAGUCCGAGUACCCAGAAUGCCACGCCAUGUCGGGCCACCUGCAGCACAACGGCCUGGAGUCCAUCCACAUGGCCGAGCUUCGCACCGAGCUCAACAAGCUGCGGCCCGACGCUCUGCUGAUGGACGGCGUCGGCAAACUGGACCCUGAGUUUGAAGGCGGGGCGUUGUACGAGCUGCAGCCGGCCGAGCUGGGCAAGAUGGCCGACGCGAGCGGGCAGGGAGGCGGGAGUCUGGCCGUCACGACCAAAUCACAAAACCCGACGGCGAGGAAGCCUCGAAACAUGCAGGGAGAGAAACCGUUCUCCUGCACGCAGUGCGGCAAGAACUUCAGCACGCUGGGAAACCUGAAAACACACCAACGCAUCCACACGGGCGAGCGGCCGUACACCUGCUCGCAGUGCGGCAAGAGCUUCGGCCAGGCCGGAAACCUCAAACGCCACCAGCUGAUCCACACGGGCCAGAAACCCUACGUGUGCGCUCACUGCCCCAAAGGCUUCACCAAGGCCGACGACCUGCGAUCUCACCAGCGGCUGCACACGGGCGAGCGGCCCUUCAUCUGCCUCACCUGCGGGAAGAGCUUCAGCCAAUCGAAGGAGCUGAAAGCUCACCAGCUGAGCCACACGGGCGAGCGGCCGUUCUGCUGCCAGCACUGCGGCAAGAGUUUCACCAAGGAGACGAGCUACCACAACCACGUGCAGAUCCACACAGGAGAGAAGCCCUUCACCUGCUCGCAGUGCGGCAAGACUUUCAGCAACUCCGGCGUUUUAAAAACCCACGAGAAGAUCCACUCGGGCGAGCGGCCGUUCGGCUGCACGCAGUGCGGCAAGAGCUUCGGCCGCCUGGGCCACCUGAAGGCUCACCAGCAGAUCCACACGGGGGAGCGGCCGUUCGCCUGCCCCCACUGCGGGAAGUCUUUCAGCCAGUCGGGUCACCUCAAAGCACACGAGCAGAUCCACAAGCGAGAGCGAGCGGACACGGCGAGCAGCAGCAGCAACGGCGGCGGCAGCAGCAGCGUGGGAAGUGACAGUAGCUAAAACAGACUCCUCACCCUUUAACCUCCCGGAACAACAAAGUAUUAUUCCUCUUUUCUAUAAAUACUAUAUAUGAAUUUUUUUCCUUAUGAAUUUUCUUACAUUUUCAUACCUUUUGUGCUCUUUUGCAUAUAUAUAUAUAUAUACAUAUAUGUUUAUGUAUAUAUAUAUGGGACUCUGACUGAUUUGCUCUUAUGCAAGUGUCUGUCUGUGUAUGUGUGUGUGUGUGUGUGUGUGUCUGUCUAUGUCUAUGUAUGUGUGUGUGUGUCUAUGUCUAUGUGUGUGUGUGUGUGUGUGUGUGUGUGUGUGUGUGUGUGUGUGUGUGUUGGGGGGGCUUGUAGAUAAUCUGUCUGUACUGUUGUGAGUGUUGAGCUUCAUCUGAGGUGAACACAUUCUGAUACAGAGCACAAGUACUUCAGGACCAAGUUUGAGUACUUCAUAUUUUUGUAAAGAAUCAGACCAGCA